AUUCCCAUCGUGGAAUAUCCUCCAUUUAAGUUGAGGUCCUCCUUGUACGACAAAGAUCCUGUCAUUUGGGUCCAUCUUCUUGAGGCCUACAUCCACUUGAUGGCCUUUUUAUCUUCUGACGAAUUCACUGUUCCAUUGAAUGAAAAGUCCCACGACCAAUUGAAGCUGUUCAUCAAGGGCUAUUUGAAGGAAACCUCUCAGGAAGAGGGAAAGGUCUUCACCUUGGGUGCUGUCAAUCCUCAAAUCAGAGAAAAUUCUGCGCAGUUGAAGAGCCUCGUCUUUCAAUUCAUCAAGAAAAAUGGUCUACUCGACUUGAAGUUCAAUGGCUCUGCAACCUGGGAUCUAAUCAAGUCCUAUGUCAAAGUUGAUCCAAGAUCUACCAGAAAGAUAAUAGAUGGCUCCUUUGGCAAUGGCUUUAUAAAUUCUAUUUCUUCGGUUCAAAAAAAUAUUUUGUUUAUGGUGAGUAACACCAAAUUUCAACUCGAAGACAUAAAAACCUUAGCAAUACUACUAGACGUUGUUAAUAUUCAGUUUAACAAUACCAAUGAAAAAAAAAAGGCAAAUAAUAACGAAAAACAAUACAAAGUAAAUAACAAAAGAUCCAACCAACUCUCAAAAGGAAGCAACAGCAAUGCAGUGUUUUCCUUUACGAGCAAAUUUAAUACUCUUUCUUGGAUUGAAUCCUUAGAAAAAUACUAUUCGAAUGGAGAAGGUGCCCAUUCUGAAAUGGCCAAGCAGUUGAUGUUUAUUUCUCUAUUAUCUUGUUCAUUAGAAAAAGUUUCUCAGUUAUUUAUUGAAUUGGGCAUCACUAAUAUUCAUUCUUUAAAAAUUUAUCCACUUUUCACUUCGGUUGUUUUAAGUGGUAUUUAUAAAACUGCUCGACCUGGUUUAGAACAACGUUUGCCAUUUUUGAAUUUUGAUCAAUAUAAACAACCAGAUACACACCACCAACUAGAGAUAAGUAGUGCUUCAGUUGGCCCUUCAAAUUCUUUUGCUGUUAAUAUAAACCAAGAAGAUCUUGAUAUGAUCACAGAUUUAUUUCCCCAAGUUACAAAAUACCAAGCAAGAAAAUUAUUAGAACAAUAUAUUGAUAUUGAGACUCUUACUAAUAAAUUAUUGGAAGAUCCUGAUUUACCCAAUUCAAUUCCCAAGGAAGAACCUAUACAACAACAACAACAACAACAACAACAACAACAGCAGCAGCAUAUAAAGCAACAGGUAAAGAGAUCAAUUUAUGAUGGUGAUGAUAUUUCAAAUCUAAAGAUAAGUUCAAAGGAUGUUACUUUUGGUAAAAAGAAAUUUGCGUUAAACGAUAACUUGGAAAAUGAAAACAAAAGUCGUGAAAAAACUUUAUCUAUGGCUCUAAAAUUAUUAUAUGAAUCAGAUGAAGACGAACCUGAUGAUACUUAUCUUGAAGCAGAGAUUGCAACUGGAGUUAAUUCCGGCUCCAGCAGCAAUACUAAUAGCAAUAACAAAAGUAAUAACAAAAAUAGUAAUAAUGAUAAUAAUAACAACAACAAUAAUGAAUAUGAUAAGAUUGAAAAGAUACUUUGGAAUAUAUUUAAAAAGACACCACAAGAUUUAACAAAAACAUCUAGACAUAGUUCAACCAGAAAAAAUUUAAAAAAAACUACCAAUUGGUCAGACGAACAAAUCGAAGGAUGGGCACGUAUGAUUGUUAAGAGUCCUAAGAGGGCUAAAAUAUUGGAAGAAAAAUAUAUACAAAACAGGACAAAUCCAGGAAGAAACAAUAGUUCUGCUAAUAAUAAUACUGAAAAUAACACUACUAAUCGUACUGAUACUGACAAACAGAAUAAUAAGAACAGUGAUAACAAAAAUAAAGAUUAUGCUUGGAAAGAAAGAAAUAAAUCUAAAAGAGGGAAUCAUAAUAGAAAAGCAGGUCACGAUAGAAAA